AAAAAGGUAUGGUUUGACAUAAUGUUCUAUUUGUGCAGGAGAGGCCAAGAAAACUUGAGAUCUAUGACAAAAAAAACAUUUUCUAUUAAAACAGAUUCAAGUGGAAGAGAGUAUGUGUAUCAACAAAUAGAUGAAUAUGAUAAAAAUUAUUGUGAUGAAGCUACCCCUGAUGAUACCGUCAGUGAAGCAAGGAUGUACGCAAGAGUUGGUGAUCCUCUGUGUCCAGUAUUAUCAUUUAAAUUGUAUCUGGAAAAACAUCACCCAGCUCUCAAUGAUUUUUGGCAUCGCACAAAGGAUUCCUAUGAUAUAACUGACACAACAUGGUAUUGUAAAGCUCCCAUGGAGAAAAACAGUUUAGCAGUAAUGAUGCCAUAAAUUUCUGAGAAGGCUAAACUUUCUAGAAGGUACACGAACCACUCUAUACGCGCAACUUCCAUUACUGCAAUGGAUGAAGCCGGUAUAGAAGCUAGGCACAUAAUGCGAGCCAGUGGACAUCGAAGUGAAGCCUCUAUCCGUAGUUAUUCUAAGAGACUAAGCAAAAACA